AUGCAGCAGGAAGGCCCAGCUCAGCCUCCAAAGCCCUCUGAGGAGGUGGAAACUUCUCCUGGCCAACAGGAAGCCCCAGGUGCAGCUCUAGAACACCUUGAGGAGAUUGAACCACCUCCAAUCCAGCUAGAGGCCCCAGCUCUCCCUCCAGAGCUUCCUGAAGAAGUGGAGCCUUCUCCAGUCCACCAAGAAGCCCCUGCACUGGCUCCUCUGCUUCCCCAUGAGUUCAAACCUCCAACUGAGCAGGCAGCUGCUGUUCCACUUGCAGAGCUCCCUGAGGAAGGAGAACUUUCUCCAGUGCGGCAGGAAGUACCAGGAGAGCCUCCAAAACCAUCUGAGGGUAUUGAACCUUCUGCAAGUUACCAGGAGUUUCCAGGUGAGACUCUAAGUCUCCCUGAAGAAAUUAAGCCUCCUUCAAUAGAGCAAGAGGCCCCACCCGCUCCUCCAGAGCUCCCUGAGGAGAGUGAAACUCCAAUCCGUCAGGAGGCUCCAGCUUUGUUUCCAGGGCCCCAUGAGAAAGUCAAACCUCCAGUCCAACAGGAAACCCCAGCACAGCCAUCAAAUCUACCCCAGGAGGUUAAACCUCCAACCCAACAGGAGGCACCAGUUCAGCCUGCAGAGCCCAUUGAGGAGGUUGAACCUUCUCAGAUUUAUCAGGAAAUCCCAGUACAGCCUCCAAAGCCUCCCCAGGAGGUCAAACCUUCAACCCAGCAUGAAGUCCCAGGAUUACCCACAGAGCUCACUGAGGAGGUAAAACCUCCAGUCCAGCAGGAAACCCCAGCACAACCUCCUGAACCUCCUCAGGUUAAACCUCCAACACAGCAUGAGGCCCCAGCACAGCCUUCAAAGCCCUCUGAGGGUAUUGCACCUUCUCAAACUCAGCAGGAAUUACCAGCUAAACCUUCAAAGCCCUCUGAGGAAAGCACACCUUCUCCAACCCAGGAGGAGGCCCCUGCUCAGGCUUCUCCACAAGAAGCCCCAGGUCAGCUUCCAGAGGAACCUGAGGAGGAUGAACCUCCUUCAAACGUGCAGGAGACCCCACCUGAGACUUCAGAGCCUCCUACAGAGGUGGAAGCCCCAGUUCAGCUUCCAGAAUGCUUUGAGGAGGUAAACACUUCUUCAGCUCAGCAAGAGGUGCAGGCAGAGCCUUCUCCAGCUCAGCAGGAGGCCCCAGAUCAGCCUCCAGAGCCCCCUAAGGAAAUCGAGCCUUCUCCAGGCCAGCAGGAGGCCCCAACUCAAUCUCCUGAGCCCCUUAUGCAGGCAGAGCCAUCUCCAAUUCAGCAAGAGGCCCCAUCUCAGCCUCCAGCCCCCCCUCAGGAAGUUGAGUCUUCUCUAGCCCAAGAGAGCCCAAUUCAGAUUCCUGAGCCUCCUAUGCAGGUAGAACCUUCUCCAACCCAGCAAGAGGCCUCAUCUCAGCCUCGAGAGCCCCUUAAGGAAGUUGAACCUUCUCCAGUCCAGCAAGGAUUCUCCACUCAGUCUCUUGGGCCACCUAUGCUGGUAGAAGCUUCUCUAGCUCAGCAGCAGAUCCCAUCUCAGCCUCCAGUGCCCCCUAAGGAACUUGAGCCUUCUCCAGCCCAGCAGGGAGCUGUAACUCAGGCUCCUGAGUCCCCUAUGCAGGUCGCACCUUCCUCAACUCAACAGGAGGUCCCAUUUCAGGCUACAGAGCCUCCUAAAGAAAUUGGGCUUUCUCCUACUCAGGAGAUUCCACCUCAGUCUCCAGAACUUCCUAACGGGACACCAUAUCCAGUACUGCAGCAGGUCUCCAAUCAACCUCCACAGCCCCCUGAAUUAGUGGGCCAUCCUUCUCCAGUCCAGCAGGAAACCCCUACUCCAUUUAAAGAGCCCCCUGCAAAUUCAGAGCAGGAGAUGCCAACUGCACUUCCAGAACCCCCUAAAGAGGCAGAACCUUCUCCAGUCCGGAUGGAGUCUCCAGCUCUACCUCCAGAGUCCUCUGAGAAUAACCAACCAUCUCCAGCCCAACAGGCAGCCUCUGCCCUGCCUGCAGAACCCCCUAAAGAAGUUGAACUUUCUACAAUCCAGCAAGAAGUCCCAGUUUCACCUUCAGGUGAAAUAGAGCCUUCUCCAUCCCUGCAGGAAGUCCCACCUCAGGUUCCUGAGCCCUCUAACGAGGCUGUGCCUUCUCCAAUCCAGCAGGAGGUACAAGUGCAUCUUUCAGAGCCCCAUAAAGAGACGGAGCCUUCUGCAGUCCAGCAGGAGACUCCAUAUCAGCCUCCUAUGCCUGCUAAUGAGGUGGAAUCUUUAAUCCAGCAGGAAGCUCCAACACAGCCUUCAGAGCCUACUGAGAUGGUGGAAUCUUUGACAACCCAACAGUGGACCCCAGCUCAACCUCUGGAACCUCCUAAGGAGGGUGUGGCUCAACAUCCAGUGUUCGAUGAGGUGACAAUUCCACCAACAGGCCAAUAUCAAGCUCAGUGUUUAAGUUUGCCCAGCGUUACAGCUCAACAUAUUGACCUGGACCUUACCAUAACCCCAGAACACACUAUGGAAGGUGGUGACCAUUCUACAACCCCACAGAAGACUACAACUUCUCCAAAUUGCCCUGAGGUGACACUUGUACAUCCGGAGCAGGUUCAGGUUCAGCAGCCAAACCUGACUGAAGUCACAGUUCAACCAGCGGACUUGGAGAUUACUAUAACUCCAGAACUUUCUCCAACAACACUGGCAGAAUGA